AUGUUACCAUCACCAUACACCAUUAUCCUGCCCUGUUUAGAGACACCCAGACGCCAGAGUAACGGCAACCCGGAAAACCAGAGGCCAGGUGUCCUCGGGUGUGUCAGAUAUGAACACUUUUGCACUGCACUUUUGCACUGCAACUCGACCUUACAUGGUACCAAUGACGCUGUCAGCAAAACAAUGGAACCUCAAGCAGCCAAUGGCCCCUACUCCGACUCCGUCUCUGUUGUUGCUCCAACUUGUCACCUUGACUGCUGUUUGUCACUUACUGUCCAGCUAGGCAGUCCUGGGAUUGUUCACUCGGUGCAUAGCACCCAUCCAAUAUACAAACCGACGCGCACCUAG